AUGCCAGUCACUGAACCAGCACUUGAUGUUGACACUGGAGUAGAGGUAGUUCCAGCACUCACUGUGGCAAUUAUGGUUGAGGCUGUUGAAGUUGCUGUGGCUGUGGCGGUGGCGGUAGUAGCUGACGAGUCAGUAGCACUUGUGGCUGUGGCGACAGUGCCCGAGACUGAUCCAGCUGUUGCAGUAGCACUUGUUCCCGAAGCGGUGGCAACAGUGCCUGAGACUGAACCAGCUGUGGCGGUGGCCGUUGAUGGCGCGGUGCUUGAUGCGGUGGCAACUGUUCCCGAGACUGAACCAGCUGUUGCAGUAGCACUAGUACCAGAGGCAGUAGCAACAGUUCCAGAGACUGAACCAGCUGUGGCGGUAGCAGUUGAUGGUGCAGUUGUGGAGGCAGUAGCAACUGUUCCAGAGACAGUACCAGCAGUUACACUUGUGGAUGAGGCAACAGAUCCUGAGACUGAGCUGGCGAUCGAUCCGAUUGAUGAAGCAACUGAGUUGGUAACUGAACUGGCAACUGUUCCAACUGUGCUGGCGACAGUGCUAGCUACUGAGCUGGCGACUGAGCUACCAACUGAACCUGCAAUGGUUGUAGGCUCUGAGGUUGUCACACCACUUGAUGAGAUUGAAUUACCAAUUGAUUGA